GUGUAUUCUGACACUUUCACAAAGUUGACACACGGUGUAUUCUGACACUUUCACAAAGUUGACACACGGUGUAUUCUGACACUUUCACAAAGUUGACACGCGGUGUAUUGGCCACCUCGAGGGCCAGCCUGCGCACAGUUGCCAGGCAAGACAUAAAAGGGCCGACAUCGAGAGGUUUGGUCAGACGUCUCCAAAUCUCCGUGUGGUCAAGGUAGAGUGACGAUGGUGUGCGCCUCUUUCUACCUCAUCUACCUCAUGUGCGAUAUGUGGGUUAUACCCGGAGCAGCAAAACCUAGCGACCUCCCACUCCUAUACCAGCCGUCACACUGGGCUCCAAGUCUAGCCAGCGCCACCACCACCACCUCACCACCCUCCUCCUCCUACAGCCACAGGCAGGAGAGAGCCGGGAGAGACGAGGUCGCCGCCCUCCUGACGCUGUUGACCCUUGACCUCCCGCAACCCAACCUCUACCUCCUCCACGACCAGUCCUUCCUCGGCGCGGAGGAGGUGUUGGGAGGCUUCCAGCAGGCCUCAGGGAGGCCCGUGACGGUGCUGAGGCUCUUCCAGGGGCACGACUCCCAGGGGCACGACUCCCAGGGGCACGACGACCUCUCCCUGCUGCAAGAGGCUCUCACCCUCCCACAGACGCACUCAGGCUUCAAGCACUUCCUUGUCCUCUGCUCGCUCAAACACACUCUCAGUGUCUUCCAAUAUGUGCGGGAGAAGCAGCUGGAGUCCCCGAGGCUGUGGUGGCUGGUGGUGGUGGUGGAACCUGAAGCACCAGACACCCUGCAGCACCAGCUGUGGGAGGGAUCACUGGUGACGCUGGCGGUGAGGACCACACCCACCACCUACACCCUCAUGACCUCCAGGGUGGCCGCCUCCUCUGGCCUCCCUAGGUUGGAGGCCAUCGGCACCUGGGAAGUGGGCCCAGGAGGCCCCAGAGGACACCUGACGGAGCCGCUCCUGCCGGACCCCAACACGCUCUACGGGAACAUGGGCGGCCGUCAGCUGGUGGUGUCAGCCAAUGCUGACUGGCCCUUCUUCGGCCUCAAGCCCCUUCCUGGCGGAGGCGUUCAACCGGACUCCGGCAUCGAUAUCCAAAUUAUGAACACGUUGGGACAGUUUCUAAAUUUUACGUACCGUGUAGUGUCGCCCGCCGACGGCCAAUGGGGAGGGCCGCUUCCAGACGGCAGCGUCUCUGGUUUGAUAGGACAGGUGGCGCGCAGGGAGUCCCACCUCGCCAUCUGCGAACUCACUAUUACGGCGAACAGGGAGACAGUGGUGGACUUCACGACUCCAUACUACCUGGAGACUGUCACUCUGGUGUCCCGGGCGCCUGCCGAGAAGAGCAGAGCUUUUGCUGUCUUCUCCACCUUCACCACAGAGGUUUGGGUGUGCAUCCUGGCGUCAACAGUGGCUGUUGGACCAUUGGUGAGCGUGGUGGGGCGUGUUGUGGCUCUCUAUACUGAGCGUCCUCCCCAUCGACAGCUGCCAGAGUAUUCCUUCCAUGUGUUCCGUAGUCUGGUGUCUCAGGGCAACCUCCUCCGACCCUCAAACUGGCCACACAGGCUUCUCUUCUUCUGCUGGUACCUCUUCUGCUUCUACAUCUAUGCACUGUACUCGGGCACCUUGACGGCUGUGCUGGCCUCACCCACCUAUGAGAAGCCCAUUGAUGGACUGGUAGACCUGCCCAAGGCGGCGGCAGAAGGCUACACCAUUGGUACCACCAGUGACUCCAGCCUCGAAUUUAUCUUCAAGGAGGCGACGGAGGGCAUCUACAAGCAGGUGUGGCAGCUGUUCAACCACAAGGACCGCUCCAAGAGCUUCUUCAGGAGCCCCGAACAGGGCUUUGCUAAGAUCCUGGUGGAGAAGAUAGUGGUGGUCAACGCCCAGCUCAACUCCGAGGUGCGGGCUGCCCAGCACGGCCGAGAGAGCUACCACAUGGCCCGCAACACCUUCUACCCCCAGGCUUAUGGCAUCGCCUGCAACAAAGGCUCUCCUUUCCUUCCCAAAUUUAACCAAAUGCUGAGACGAAUAACAGAAGCUGGGCUCAUCAUGCGAUGGAAGGAGCAGGAGAUAAGCAAGAUCUCUGGCAGGUCUCCCUCACGAAGGGGCCUUUCCUCGGACAGGGGGCCUUCAGCCAUCACAAUGAAACAUCUACAAGCGGCAUUCUUUGUGCUGUUGUUGGGGCUUGUGGUGGGGCUGUUGAUGCUGGGAGCUGAGGCUGCCCUCAGUAUGUUGUGGUUACCCAAGACUCUGCACCAGGAAGCACAUCCAUCUCAAGCAUGGUUCCCUCAUCAGUGGUGAGGCACAGAGUCCAUACAUGAAGAAUCUCUGAGGCACAAGUUCUUCAAUGACCGUAAAGUGAAGAGUGUACCUGCCUGUGUUGUGAGUCAAUCUCUGAACCCUCCAGAUGGGAGGCAUGGUACCUGCCUGUGUCAUAACCCUCCAUCUGUGAACCCUCAAAAUAUCAGGCCUAGUACCAAAAUCUUGUGUAAUACAAACUGUGGAUCUCUUGUUGAAGUCACAGAUUUCUCAUACAAUGUUGCAGUUCAUAAUGUUUAAUUAAACCCUUGUCAUAUGCUUCAACAUACCAGUACUUUGUCAACUUUCUAACAAUGAACUGAUGAGAAAGAUAAUUACUGUACAUGUGCACAGUUCUAUAUGGCACUGCUGUACAUGUGCACAGUUCUAUAUGGCAUUGCUGUACAUGUGCACAGUUCUAUAUGGCACUGCUGUACAUGUGCACAGUUCUAUAUGGCACUGCUUACAAAACUAUAUUGAUAUUUCCUAGAAAUAUGUAACUCUGAUGACCUGACACUGGAUAUAUUAAUUUUCAUAUUUUGUAAAAUAUUUAUACCAAGGCAGCACCAAGAAUUGUGCAUGGUGUUCAAAGAAUGUGUCAAGCAAAAUGUCUGUAUAGAGGUCAGUUGUACAUUUAGUAGCAUGUCAGAUGUUAUCACAGCUUCAAUACAACUUGGCUACAAGUAUCUCUGGCAGUUAGGCAGGUAUGGGGUUACAAGUAUCUCUGGCAGUUAGGCAGGUAUGGGGUUACAAGUAUCUCUGGUAAUUCAGCUUGCACAUGGAGAUCUAGAUGCCAUGAUAUGCAAAGUAAUAGCAAUAAUAAUUCAUAGUCGGGGGGACAGGAAGCCAGAGCGUGUUCAUACAUGUUAGGCUUAUAUCAAGGUCUCCCCACAAGGUCAAGUGUCUGGACAAAGACAGGGAGACACACACACACUGGAGUGUUACAUCUUACAUUGGGUGAAAAUUGGCAAAUCAUUUGAUUGAAAAUUACCCAUAUAUCAUUCUUGAAUUGUGUCCAUGUUUUGUUUUUAGUAGAUUCAAAAUAAUAUAAAUAUUACUACUACCCAGUAAUAUUCAAUAUUGAAAACUGUUAAAUAUUACCAUAAUCAAUCACUCUUCACACAAUGAAGAUAAGAGUAUCUAUCUUAAAAAUAAUGAGCUCUGCAAAGAUGCCCAACUUUGACCAACAACUCGAAGAACAACUCGCCUAAGGAAUCUGAUAUAAGAAAUGUUAGCUGAAGAAUCACCUCCAAUAAUUACUGCACCUGGUAGCCGUCACGUUAGGCACAUGUAUCGGACAGCAACGGUAUACUCAAACUGGGCUCGCGUACAUAAAGGAGAGGGAUGAGAAUUAGGUCAAUGUGCAAUAACAAUUUAUUGAAUAUCAUGUCAGCCAUUAAGUUUUAAAUUCCUGCAUGAAGGAAAAAUGACAAUUUAAAAUGCAAUGCUUAUUAAACAACUUGAAGAAUGAAAAUGGUUCUAAAAUUAAUUCAUAUAAGAUUAGCUGAGAGUCCGAAAAGGUUCCCAUGAAUUUAAGCAACAUUUUCUUUAAUAACUUAAGGUGGAAAUUUUAUAUCAGGAUCCUGAUAAAAAGUAAAAUAAUUAUACAGUACACUAAUGUCUAUUAAUUCCCAAAUGUUCAGUAACAC